CAGUUGAGCGACGCGUUGCAGCUUGUCGGUUUUGAAGGCAGAAAGGUGGGUGUGAAAUACUGUACUUACUGAUCAUUGCGGCUGAAACUAGAUCGUAUGUCAACAUUGGAGGGGAAUGAACUGUGGAAAGAAUGUGUGCGAUGGAUGGUGGAUAUGGGAGUCCUUGACUCGAGAGUCGCACCAAGAAGUUCGAUGUUGGAUUUUGCCACUAUGCUAAGGGAUGGGGUCCUGUUAUGUCGAUUAUUGAAUGAACUCGCUCCAAACUGCAUAGAGGAAAAGGAGAUUCAGCGGCGGCAGCACAUGUCCGAGUUCACAUGCCAUAAGAACAUAUGCUUGUUUUUGGGUGCAUGCAAAACAGUGUUCAACCUGAAACAGGAACAAAUGUUUGAAGCGUGGGAACUCUUCCGGUUACAAGACUUUGCCAAAGUACUAUCUAUGUUAUCUAUGCUGUCCCAUUCUGAACCUGCCCUGCGGAAAAAUAUCAAGCCUUUUCCGUCUGAAAGUACAUCAUCGACUUCCAUCAACGUUCCCCUUCGGAUAUGUCCUCCUCCAGAAGAAGAGGCUAUCUAUCGUAGUUUACAAGAUGAUGUUGAAAAAGUUGACUUGGAUGCUGCCAUCUACGAUAUAUCUCCCACGAAAAGUGAUGAGGAAGAGCCACAGUUUAUCUACGAUCACAUCGUUUGCCGAAAAGAUAGUCAGCGAAAGCAAGAUGCGUGGUCAUCCUUUACUCCAUCAAGCAAACGAGAGCACUGCAUGAAAGAACUUUUAGAUACUGAACAGAACUAUGUAGAAAAAGCUCUAAAUAUGAUAAUCAACAAAUUCUACGAACCGCUCCAAAAGGUCGUACGUGAGGCAGACCACAAAAUAAUCUUCAUGAAUAUCAUGACUCUAUGGAACCUACACCACUCAUUCCAUAGCGACUUGCGGCAUGCGAUUUUGAAAACGCUUGGGUUGAGCCAGAGCAGUGAAGGACGGCCUAACUCAUUAUUAGGAAGAACGAUUGGGGAUGUGUUUCUGCAACAUAAGGACAAGUUCAUUGCCUAUGGUCCUUAUUGCAUGGGUCUUGGCGAAUCUCGAGCGCGAAUACUUGACCUCGAGAAAAACGAUCCUGCUAUUAAGAACAAAAUAUAUGAAUGUACUGCAUCUGUCAAUGAUAAUCAGUUUAAACUGCAAGAUCUGUUGUGUUUGCCAAUGCAGCGGGUGCUGAAAUAUCACAUACUGCUUUCGGAAAUGAUAAAAUCUACACCGAUUGAUGCCCCAGAUAGGAAAUCUCUUGAAUUAGCCAAAGAGGCAAUGGAUGAUGUCAACUCUUAUGUGAACGAGAUGAAGAGGGACAACGAAACCAGACAGUUGAUCAGUGAAGUGCAGAAUAGCAUCACCGAACUAACCAUGCCUGAGGACGUCACACUCAUGGAUUACGGUAGGCUGAACGCCGACGGCGAAGUUCGCUUAUCUGAAUCAACUAGUCAACAAUUUGGAAAAAUGAAAACUCGUCAUGUUUUUAUAUUUGACAAAGUUCUCAUUAUCUGCAAGGCUAAUCGAAACAAUACAUACACGUACAAAGCUGCUUACAUCGUCUCCGAACUACACCCCAGCCUUGAUAAUCCAAUGCCUGACGGGAAGAUGGGGACGAUAUCUAGAAAAAUUACGUCCGCCAACCAGCAUCUUCUUUACUUGAUUCGAGAAGAACGUGCAUGUACGCAAGAGUCUGUAAGACAUUUGACGCUCGCAUUCAAGGUCUUGCAACAGCGCGAGAAGUGGCUGCAUCAUUUCGAGCUUGCACGAAAUAAUGUCAUACCUGAAGAAGUUGGAGGUACCGGUCAUAAGGUGCAUUACAAAAGCUUCAAAGUGGAUAUCCCUCAUAAGUGUUCCGUUUGUGACAAGUUCCUCAAAGGAUUAUUCUUUCAAGGAUAUAAAUGCGAAAAUUGCGGUGGUCUUCUACACAAGGCUUGCAUUGCCUUGCGUCCAUGUGCUGGACGACGUCACACAACCUCCGUCUCCCACAGUAGUUCUUUCACAAACGGAACUCAUUUUAGGCAUAGCUCCUUUGGGUUAUCAAGCGGGGACCAGGUUAUCGCCUUGACGAGAUCGUCUAGUGCUGAUCAUGGUUUCUUGAUGUUCGACAAAGAUGAUAUUAUAGAAAUCAUUCAAAAUCACGGAAACGGCACUUUUACGGGCUGUCUGUUGAACGACAGGCAAUGCGUUGGCCUCGUUCGUAGUGAGCACGUUCGUCGAGUAAGGACUAAUUCCGUGCAGGGUAUGUGUUCUCCUCUGGACAGUCCCGUAGGUGUGCGAGUUGACCGAAAGGAGUCUACAGUUCUUCCCAAGAGAAUGGGCAAUGGAAUGACUCCAGCGCCACAACAAGAUUACGUAAACACAGAAGUCAGUUUGCAACCAUGGUAUAUGGGCGAUUUGGAAAGAGCUGAUUCGGAGGCGAAACUCAGAGGAACUCCAAACGGAACGUUCCUUGUGCGAUAUAGUAAGAAUCGUCAUAGUUACGUUAUAAGCAUCAGCUAUGAGGGUGAAGUCAAGCACACAGUUGUGGAGCAGCGGGAUUCGAUAUUUUAUCUUGAUGAAGGAUACGUGUUUAAUAGCAUAGUGGAGCUGGUCAACUACUACCGUGAAAACAAUUUAUGUGAGAGUUUCAAUUCUCUGAAUACUACGCUGAAGAAUGCUUAUCGAACUUGCAAGCUUUUCCGCGUCAUUCACGACUUCGAUGCUACUGAGCCAAAGUUCCUCACGCUACGCAAGGGGGAUCGCCUUACUCUUGUGGACGUCAUUGGGGAAGAUCGUGGAUGGUGGAAAGGACAGAUUGCGGAUAGGAUUGGUUUCUUCCCCCUAAGUUAUUGUAUUGACGCAAAGGCUGUCGUCAAGCCCGUCGCUAGUUCUCAGCAGAUCUCGAUUCUAUUAUAUUUGCCCGUUUCUUGUCUGUUCAGCUUCCUAUCUACGAGCUGUUUCUCUAUCACUGAUGAAUGCGCGAAUUGGAUUAAUGUACAAAUGCAGGUUUUACUGAUAAACGCUGCUGGCUUACGAAGUUAUCUUCGGCUUCUAAUCCCUUGUAGGAAAAGAAGCUUCUACAUGUCUGUCCCUAACGUGACAAAGCGCGUCAAAGUUGAAAUCGAGACUGUUGAUAAAAUUCCUGAUCUCAAAGUCAUUAAACCUAAGGUUUUCCCGGACGAUCGCGGAUAUUUCGUUGAGACUUACAACGAAACAGAAUGGGCUACCGAACUCGGAUUCAAAGAGGUGUUCCAGCAGGAUAAUCAUUCCUACUCAAAGUAUGGGGUUCUGCGAGGCCUUCACGCACAACCAGGAAUGGGAAAGCUUGUUUCAGUGAUCACCGGAGAGAUUUUUGAUGUGGCUGUGGAUGUCCGGCCUGGAAGUGCUACCUACGGACAGUGGCAUGGAGUGAUUCUUAAUGGUGCUAACAAACACGCUUUCUGGCUUCCUGACGGCUUUGCUCAUGGAUUCCAAUGCCUCUCUCCCGAAGGAGCUCAUGUCACUUACAAGUGCACCGGAGUUUAUAAUCCGUCAACAGAAUACGGAAUCGAUCCAUUCGACAAGGAUAUUAAUGUGAAUUGGCCACUGACUGACAACGUUAUCGUAAGCGACAGGGAUCGGAGCCACAAAUCCUUUGCUGAACAUCGAUCAAGCUGAUGCUUUUCAUUGAAGUAAUGAAUAAUUGUGAUAAUUAACAGGAAGUGUUUGACACUUGGAG